GGGCGUGUCGCUGACUCACAAUGCGUGAGCACAGGUGGCUGACUGGGCUACAUUAGCGCACCAAGGGAAUCGCGAAGCAGCGACGACAAAUCUGCGACUCAAGUCACAAGUGCAAUAUUUGGAUCACAGCUAUCACAGACCAUCUAUGAGUUCCACAUCUGAACCACGCAAAGCACUCCCGAUUGGUGUGCUCGAGCAGCAGCUGGAAGUUCUCCGAAACAAAGGAUACCACGUCACGUAUCCGAAUGGACGCAAGAUCAUCGGCAGCAUAAGUGGAGUGCUCAGCCCUCCGUUCUAUACUGGCCUGACAUUCCGCGUGUUCUUCUAUGCAGAAUCGCUGAUUGAUUCGCCUGAAGUUAGAGUGGUUUGGGAAAGCGCCGACAACACCAAAUAUUUCAUAUAUAUGAGUAUAGACUCUAUGGGCAAGGUGCGGACAGGCUAUCACUACGAAGAGACAGGCAAUGUUGUCGCUUUUGGUGUACCGGACAUCACAGCUGGCUCAUACUAUUCGCUAGCUAUCCGAAUCAAUGGAACGGCCCUAAUGGGCCUUUUUAACAAAAACAGAGGCGUCGGUGAAGCAAGUAAUAGCCGUGAUAUGGGCCUCAAAGAUGGCCAAAUAUGGUUUUUCAAGUUAACUGCUGGCAGCCAUCGAAUCAUGUCUAUUCACGCCAGUGACGAGAAUAAGCUGCAUUUUCCUGAAAAUGGCCUGGGUCACCAUUACUUUCUGCAAGAUAUGCGACUGCUCAUUGGUUCUUACGGUGUGUUCACUGUAAAAUACAAAGGAAGUUCUACCCUGGAAGUCAGAUUUGGUCAAGCACCAUCGGCUCAUGGGGACAAAGUUUCUGCAACUUUCCAAAAUGUGGCCCUAAAGUUGGAUCAAGAAUUUAUUGUGUUUGUUCGAAACGCACCAACCGGGUGGCUGGUGCAAACAAGUUUCGACAGCACGGCGCAAUUAGUCGAGCGCUGGUCGUGGGAAGAUAUUAUCUCGCCUUCUUUUCCUCAGGGCGAUAUCCUGCGAGCGUACUUGCAUUCUGGUCUUCAGGAGUAAGCAUGCAUCGCAAUAGCAGGGAGCAGCAUUUGCAAAACUGUCAAUCCUGGACCCCUUAUCAUUUCAUAAUUUGCCGUAAUAAACUAUUGGAAUCCUAAUAAAGUUGGCUUAUCUGAAA